CUUUUUUGUCCCACUAAAAUUUAUAUUUCGAAAGUUAUUCUCGACUUCUACACAUUCUACCAAUAACUAGUCAAUACCUUCAAGAUGGCUCGAAAAGGAUGGAUUGAUAAGAAGACUGCUACGCAUUUCACACUGGUUCAUCGACCGCAAAAUGAUCCCCUCAUCCACGACGAAUCCGCAUCGUCUAUGGUUCUAAAUCCCACCCCGCUCCCGAAUUCGAAUAAAGUCAAGAAACUCGAUGAUUUGGCCUCAGAGCUUGGAUUGGAUGCGGAACAAAUACGAGAGAAUGAGGGGGAAGCUGCGAACUAUGGAAUCUACUACGAUGAUACCGAGUACGACUACAUGCAGCAUAUGCGAGACUUGGGCACUGGUGACGGUGAAGCAUACUUUGUCGAAGCUUCUGCGCCAAAGAAUAAGGGCAAGGGAAAGGGAAAACAAUCUCUUGAAGAUGCGCUGAAGAACACGAGUCUCGAGGACCGAGAUACUGCUCUGUUAGACGAAGAUAUCCUACCCUCAAAGAACCUUCGAAGAGUCACGUAUCAAGCACAGCAAGAUGUUCCAGAUGCGCUCGCCGGAUUCCAACCAGAUAUGGACCCUCGGUUAAGAGAAGUUUUGGAAGCUUUGGAAGACGAAGCAUAUGUGGACGAAGAGGAUGAUGUCUUUGGAGAACUUGCAAAGGAUGGCGAGGAAAUCGAUGAGUAUGAAUUCGAGCAGAAUGCGUUCGAAGAGGACGAGGGUUGGGAGUCGGAUGAGACUGAGAAGCCAGCUAAAGAGUACAAGGAUGCACCUGUUCCUACAGCUGACUUGGUAAACGAUGAACGAGAGGACCACGGAGACGGCGCUUGGAUGGAAGAUUUCAGCAAAUUCAAGCGGGAGCAGAAGUCGAAAGUGUCACCUGCAGCACUAUCACAGUCUGAUCUCCAGUCUUCCCUGAUCACAACUACUACGAAUGGUGGCAGGAAGAAGAAGAGGAAAGGAGCUUUGACGAAUCCAUCCAGUUAUUCCAUGACCUCCUCAUCGAUGUUCCGCACUGAAGGUCUCACCAUGUUGGAUGCAAGGUUUGAAAAGAUCGAAGAGCAAUACAAUGAAGACGUAGAUGAUAUAGCAUCUGUCUCUGCCGCUUCCUCAACAGCAUCAAGUGUCCAGGGACCCAUGAGAGGAGACUUCGAUAACAUAAUGGAUGACUUCUUGGGCAACUAUUCGAUGAGCGGUAAGAAACACGUCAAGAAAGGCAAGUAUCAAAGCGGUAUGGAGCAACUUGAUGAAGUCCGCAAAGGCCUUGGACCAGCAAGAAUUCGCACACAAAAGGCUUGAUCUGGAGAAUUCAAUGAGGAAUUAGCAUUGGAUUGGGCGUUGUAGGCUGGACAUAGCAUGACGUUUUACCAUUGCAUGAUACCUGUGUUUGUCUCAUAAUGCAUCUAAAUAAAGCAAACACCUUUCACCAC